AUGUCUCAGCACACUAGCAUGCAUGAAAAGCGUUUCCACAACGCCUGCGAGGCCAUUCAGGACGACCUUCUCGACGCAGCUCACUCUCUUCAUACUCUUCAAGCCAGCUGCUCGCAGAGUGUCCAGGUCUUGGCCGCUCAAACUAUCAGAGUCAGCCGUAUUAUGAUGCUCGCUGAAAACAUGGCAACAAAGAGCCCGCGUUGUCCUACUGUCCUUAUGAGCCCCCGAGGCUACUUCCAGCGAGAAUUCCAACAAGUUUUACGUAAGAAGAUUCUGCGUAUCUUGAACAAAGCAGUGAUAAUACUUAAUACAGGAGAUAAGAAUGACUGCCAGGUAAGAUAUGCAGCUGCUAAUCAAGUGGAGACUGCGCUGGAAGAGCUUGAAUUUGCCCCAAAUAGCCGCGAAUAG